AUGUCUUCAAUAAGUAUUGUCGUUGAUCCUGUGGAUGCUACCGUUAUCAGCGGCGCAGCAGCUGCUGAGAGUGAUAAUUCAGGAGAUGAUACUAUUCAAGGUUCUCCAGAGAACGAAGAAAUAGUCUACGAGGCAAGUAAGGUCUUGGGAAAAGCCUAUCAAGAUAAAGAGACUUUCUAUGCUCGAGUAACAGUAUUAGAGAAUCAAGAUGAACGUGGCAUCAUUGUAGGCGUUGUUGGAUGUGAUUAUAAACCUAAGAAACUUAUUAAAGAAUUCAUUGACAUUGGAGGGCUUGGAUGGGAAUAUUAUAGUGAUGGAACUGUAAGCGAUGGAAGGCAAGAGAAAUUCAAGGAUAUUCCAUAUACGAAGGGCGACGUUGUUGGAUUUGGUCUAGGCAUUUAUGACGAUGAAAGUUUGUUCUUUAUCAAAAACAGCAAAGGAUACGUUUUCUCUUUUAAAUUUCCAAAGAUUAGAGCAACCUGCCCAUUCUAUGCUUAUGUGACAUGCAACAGAGGCUCUAAAGUGAAAGUCGAGUUUCAAACAUAUACAGAGCCACUACCGUAUCCAACUUUCGUACAUACAUCACAGAUUGAACAUAUGGCCUUGUCAUCUGAUCAUAAGUAUAUUGCAUUAUACAGUACGAAUGAUACAGUUGUCUCUAUAAACAAGAUUGAUUUCAUGGCGGCAUCAAAACCAACGCUCACCACACUGUCAAGCUUCAGGGCUGACGAAAACUAUGACAUUCUAUCAAGAUUUAGGGCUGACAAACAUCAUAUUGCCAUGGGACUCAUUCACGGUACCGAUUUCGAGGGGUUGAAGAAACAAAAUUGGCAAAAGGACAAUGUUACCAUUACAAUAUCUAAGGAAUGUGGUGGAAGAGUUCAUGUCUUUAUUAAACUGGAUAAAGAACUGAUGCAUGCAUCAGUUGCAUGUAAACAGCAAUUUGUUAAUGGGCAACCAGUGCCAGGCGUACCAUCUCUUGCUGUGCCUUCAAAAAAGGCUUUAUGUGCAGAAAUGUUGAGUGAUGGUGAAACAUUAGUGUGGAUUGAAGAACGAACUAAACAAAACAAAAACGUAGUACAUCUGCAAUCCAUUUCACAAUUUACUACAAAAAUACUUAUGUAUAUAGGAAAGCUUGCCACUGUACGUGCAGCCCCUCUUCAGAAAGGUGUCAGUGGAAAUAGAAGUGAGAUACUUAUCUAUGGUGACGGUCCCCAGAUACAGAGCAUAGCACAUCUAAGAUAUACCCAUAAUGGUGAUCUUGUCCAGACAUUUCAUCCAGUUUUCUCUAAUGACGUUGUCUGUAGGCAAAGAACAAUGAUGGCCUUUUAUUCACCCAAGGAGGAUCUUCGAAUAUUUGACAUUGAAACGGGAAUUCUAUUAUCGAAAAUUAAAUUUGGCUAUGACAUUCUUGGGUCAAUUCACUUUAUACAUGGUGUAGAGCAUUUAGCCACUGUUCAUUAUAACUCGCCAAAUGAAGCUUUUGAACUGAACUAUUAUGAUCCAUUAACUGGUGAAAUGUUGUGCAAUCCAUACAUGGAAUCUUCAGAGUUUGAAGGCAAAAAUACUGAACUCUCAAUAAUGGUUCAAACUAUCAUAGGCAAAUUUUAUGUAAUUGAACCCACCGGUACUACUAUCACAAUGCAUUUGAUCAAUAAGGAUAUUAUUCCAAUUGACUUCGGCCAAGCAAUUUCAAUAGAAAGUGCGUUUAAUCCUAAUGAUCUAGCAUUUGGUAAUAAGGAUUUCUCAACUGACAGGAAAAUCACAGUACGUGUUGAUUGGAAAUUUUAUUGCAUAAUGUUGAAUAUUACACAUGGAGAUGCUGAACCUUUAGAAUUUCCUAUUGAAUCAUAUGUGGAUGAAUUUGUGCCCAAAGUGAAGUUCUUGGAUCAGACGACUUUCUUUUAUAUGAGUCACUUCUCGAUACAAAUUUGGGAGAUCAAAGGAGAAUCAAUAGAAGAUGUUGAACUGAUAUAUAUUUGGGCAGUACCAGACAAAUUUAUUAAAAUUUGUGAUGUCGAGCUUUAUGAUUUUUAUCUUUCAAUUCAUUUUGACGACUCAACCAAGCUCCGCAAGGAAUUGGUUUACAGAGAGUUUUCGAAAAUGACAGUGAAACAUGCUGCACGUUUUCUGGCACUCGAUCCACUAAAUCCGGGCCACACAGUUAGCAAGUGCUACGAAUUUCUUGAUGAUAAACUUGGCAAAAUUGUCUUGAAUGAUGUUGACGACAACUUUUAUACGUGCACUAUGGAGUAUGUGGUCACAUGCAUACCAAAGUAUCGAUCAGCAGAGUGGCUUGAACGUAUCUUUAACAACGGCAAAUAUGUUCCACGUUUUUAUCUGACAGCCUACAAAAGCAGUUUGCUCAGUCAACUUAUAUCUUAUAUUCAACAAUCUGAAAACGAGGAAGAUGAUCAAAUGUCUAUAGUUCUUGAUCAUAUAGUCGCCUAUUGCGUCCAACAAGCCAGAAAAUAUCCUGGAUACAUGAUGUUUGUUACUCCUCUAUUACAAGAAAUUGCCGAUAUAAGACCAAGCAGGUCACAGGAGUAUGCAGCCUAUCUCUCUUAUAUUUGUACGGACAAGAAAAGUCGAAUGUCAUACGAACAUCAUAUGAGUACGCAUGCAAUAAUGGAAUGCAUCGAUAUGUCCCAUUACGAACGGACCAGAUUUUCAAAAAUUUCAAACGCUUUGUUAAGCUUCUUUAAUCUAUCGGGGAAAACCUAUCAUGGCUAUUAUGACAAUGAAAAUUGUAUAUCACCACUCCCGGGAAUAAGCGACCCUGUUUUACCGCCAAGUCCUAUCGCAGGCUAUCCUCUCGGAACUAAAGAGCACUGGGAUAACUACACUGAGAGGUUCUAUGAUCUGACAUUUGUACAAAAAACAUCGCUCAUCGGUUCCUGGAUUAUUCCUAGCCAUUACAGUGUUUUCAUUAAUCUGGCAGUUCUACGUCACCCUAUGCUUCAGGAACCUGCCUUUGAAGCGUUGGUAAAAUAUAAAUGGGAAAAUUACGGUCAAAGAUACUAUUUAAUUUUAUUAUUUGCGUAUUGGACUUAUUCGGCGAUGUUUAUUAUUCCUGCAAGUAUUGGUGAUAACGUCUUAUACGACACUGGGCUCAAAUAUCCAGUAAUUGUGAUGGCGGCCUUCUUUCUUUUAUUGGAGCUCAGGCAGUUUCUCACCUUAAGGCUGAAAUACUCCUAUAAUCUCUAUAAUAUUAUCGAGUUGGCGUCAUUUAUUCUGCCUCUUGUCGUUUCUUUAAACGCGCAUGCCGAUAAUCCACCAUCAAGUCGGUCCUUGUCGUGGGUAGUAUUAUUGUUAUGGGUGUUCAUGGCAUUAAAUCUUCGAGCAUUUGAAGGAAUGGGAGUCUUUAUCAUUAUAUUAUACAAAGCCGUUUUAAACUUGGUGUCUUUUAUCUUGUUGAUGUCUGCUAUACUUGCUGGUUUUACCAGUGCCUACUGGAUUCUUCUUCGUAACUCUAUCACCAUUGACACUAGCGACAACAACUUCGAAUCAUUCUGGUUUUCUCUGAACUCUGUGAUGGCAUUCUUAGGAGGCGACUUUUCAGCGAUCAGCAAUGUAGAACACACAACUGAUAUCAACCUACUGCGAAUACUAUUCAUGGUUAGCACAACGAUAAUGUUGUUGAAUAUUCUCAUCGCUAUUCUCAACACUGCAUACAGUGACGUCGCCUCUCAGGCUCGGAGGAUAUGGGUACUCAACUGUGCCGAGAUACUUGCUGAAUUUGAACUUUUCUGGAUGACGCCUGAAAAGAAGAAAAACAAGGUUCUGUUUCCAAGAUAUAUCUAUUAUGAAGCAGACAGAAGAAAAGUUAAACAAUAUCGUCGUACGAAGGCAUUUAAAGAAAUCUCAGACGUGGAAUUGGAGGAACGUCACGUAUAUGCAUAUUCAGAAGUUGUGGGUUCCACCGAUACAAUUAAUUAG